CUGUCAUGUGAACACCGAUCUCAGCCUAUUCCAGGUCGUCAAUCUAGCCGUGCCAAUCUCAAAGAUCAGCGAAAACGUGAAAUAUCAAACCUACGAAAGAACCAACAGAAGUUUGUCAAGGGUGAUCCAUUGUUCGCCUAUGCCAACAUGAUGCGUGCAAAAGAACACGCUAAGCAGAUCUCGCAGGUGUCAGCAGUACUCUUGGAGACCACGAAACUACUCGUCAAAGGGUACCGUACCCACACCGGUUGGUGUAACAACCUGAAGUUCCCCGGUUAUGCAAAUGCGUUCUCACCAUUGCGACACUUGCUGCCACCGGUCUACGAGGACGGUUUUGAUGCACCACGAAGUCGAGCGAGGAGUGGCAAGCCGUUGCCGAAUCCGCGACGUAUUUCAAAUGUUGUCUGUGAAGAUCGAGAUAUAUCGCAUGUGAAAUUCACCCAUAUGGUCAUGCAAUUCGGUCAGCUGAUUGACCAUGAACUCACCCAUUCACCCACGGCACGUGGUCCAAACGACGAGAUCUUGAAUUGCACGAGAUGCGACUCACCAGAAACGAUAUCCGUACAUUGUAUGCCCAUUCGAGUUGAGCAAGAUGACCCAUUCUUCCCAACCCAUUACCCGAAUGGCGAACCACGAUGUCUGCCAUUUGCCCGAUCACUGCUUGGACAACUGAACCUCGGCUACCGUAAUCAGAUCAACCAGCUGACUUCUUACAUUGAUGGGUCUGUUAUCUACGGCUCCACUGAAUGCGAAUCGAGGCAGCUGCGAAUGGGAACUCGCGGGCUUCUCAAUUUCACUGAUUUCGGACAAGGUCAAUUAAUGUUGCCCCAAGGAAACCAAGAAAAGGACUGUCGUUCAUCUCCCCGAAAUCCAUGCUUCGUGGCCGGCGAUGAGAGAAACUCUCAUCAACCUGGAUUGACGGUAAUGCACACUUUCUGGAUGCGUGAACACAAUCGUAUUGCUACGAAGCUGGCGACGCUUAACCCACAAUGGACGGACGAAAUUAUCUAUCAGGUUAUUCCUUGCUUGUUUUGGGGUGGAACGGGGUCGGGCUACGAUGACACGUGUGAUGCAGCCAUUUCCCAGCCAUUUGCCACAGCAGCAUUCCGUUUCGGUCAUACUCUUAUCCGACGAAUGUUCCCUAGAAUGAACUACAAUUACAAGAAUAUGAGCGAACCAAUCGAUCUUGCUUCUCACUUCGGACAUGUUGGUCCAUUGUACGAUCGGGAAGGAGGAGGUGAGUUUGAGCAGCACGACUCUGUGAAUCUAUCGUGA